GACAGAGGCUUUAUUUAGAAUGAAGAAUUGGGCUGCUCCUCUCAUAGCUUCAGGGCUGUUUGCAUUUUUGUCACCAGGGUUGGUGUUUCAAAUGCCUGGCAAGGAACGUCCCUUCGAAUUUAUGAACAUGAAGACCAGCGUGGCCUCCAUAUUCUUGCACGCUGUUAUCUACGGUUUGCUCAUCAUUCUGUUUCUUGUUAUUCUUGACAUUCACAUCUAUGCUUAGGAGGCAGCUGCCAUCUCAAUUGUCAUUUUGUCAAAGAAAAGAAAAGCUGUGGUUUUUAGGAUUCUAGCAGACCAACUUAGUGCUUUUCGUGAAAGAAGGAUUUAGUUAUGUUGUUUUACUCUUUUCAUUUACUACCACUGGUGCUGUUGUGCUACUUCUACUUGUAUAUAUUAUUACCUUCAUGAAUUCUCCUUUGUGCAAUGAAAAAAACUAUAAUUGAUG